AUGAACGAGUAUUUGCCGCCGCUUCCGGUUCGUGAUCUGCCCUCGAACCCUUCACCCUACGUACCGGAGAAUACACCCGGCCACUCGCGGUCGUCCUCAGCGGCUAUGGUUCCUGUCCAGUCGUCGCGGCGCGUCCUGCCUGGUCUCGGCGGAUACGGUCUACCGGUAGGACCCAGCGCGCACCGGCACAUGCAUUCAUCGCCUCACGCCAUCAGUGUCCACCCACCAUCGCGGCGGCCAAGCCCGGCACCUAGUGCUCGCCAGCAGCACCUCUCUCCCGGAGAGCUGACGGCCAGCGAAUCGCGACCUCUCUCUGGAGCAAGCGACAGCACCUCGUUCAACUGGUGGCCUCUGCCAGGGGACGAGGAGGGCGCGCGGGCUUGGGCGCGGAUACCCGUGAUGUCCGAGAAGUCGUUUGCUGGAUGGUUAUGCUGCUGCAGCAGCCGCCUAGAUAAUAACGUCGCGCUGAGAGAAGCUCGCGAAGGGCCUCAGUCAUUCAUGUGGACCAGCAAGGCGGAAGUGGCGCGCCACGUCUACGGGAAACGCGCUUACUGGGCAGGGCCGCGGGCUUUUGUGCCCGAGUACGGCUUGAAGGAGAGUGCCUACGAUAAGGCGUACGACUGCGCUUUCGAGCACUACGCGCACGAGGCUAAGAAGGACAAGCGCGACGUACAUCCCUCGCUCUCGCUAUGCUUCACUCGUGUUGAUCUCCACUUGCAGGACGAGGCGCCCGCGUACGAGCCGGAGUACGAGCCACAAUACCACCAGAGUAUAAGGCAUUGGAGUCUGACUACCAGCCCGAGCACCAACCUGAAUACCAGCCUAGAUACACGCCCGAGUACGAGGAGCCCGCCCACCAGGCAGAGGCCAAGCCGGUUCGUAUCACAAUCCUCUUCACCGUCUGCGUCGCUUAUUGCAGAGGUCCUCAGUGCUACGAACUCGUGCUACUCCGACUCUCAGUACGUACCCGCGCCCGUCAGCAACUGCAACAAGGGCGACCUCCGGUGCUGCAACCAAGUUCAGCCGGCAAACCCCAUCGGCUGUGGGCAGGUUGCCAUAUCUGGGGUCUAUAAGCUCAUUCCCAACAUUCUCCGUCGGCUUCAAUGCUCUCGUUGGUCCUGUGUGCUCGCCCAUCAACAAUCUAUUCAGCAGCGCGCAGUGCAGUCAGCAGACGGUCUGCUGAGACGGCGGCCACUUCCCUCUUCUCCGUCCACAGUAACGCCUCCAACGGGGGCAGCCAGAUCGCAGGCAUCUUCCAAGCGGAUCGGGUUCGCUGAGCGUACUCUCUAA